AUGGAGCCUGCGUGCAGGACGCGCGCCCGCGGGCAGGGCCGCCGGGGCCCGGGGACGUUCGCCCUUCCGCUGCUGCUGCUGCUGCUGCUGCUGCUGCUGCCACCGCUGCCGCCGAGGCCCGCGGGCUGCGUGGCUGGCCCGGCGCCAGGGACACCGUCCGAGCCCGCUUCCGACGACCCUGGCGUCCCCUGUGACCCCAGGGCCACCUGCCCCUCAGGCGGGCCUCGCCUCCCCCGCCAGGUCCCCACCGACCCGGACCCGCCGCAGCCCUCGACCUCGCCGGCCUCCCCGGCCUCCCCGGCCUCGCCGGCCUCCCCGGCCUCGCCGACCUCGCCGGCCUCCCCGGCCUCCCCGGCCUCCCCGGCCUCCCCGGCCUCGCCGACCUCGCCGACCUCGCCGGCCUCCCCGGCCUCCCCGGCCUCCCCGGCCUCGCCGACCUCGCCGGCCUCCCCGGCCUCCCCGGCCCGGACCGUGACUGUUACUGAAGAGGUAUUCCCCAGUGAGUACCGUGGCCUCGCCGGGGAGGAGGCCUGUGGCUCCUCCCAGGAGCAGGACCCCACCCUCAGGGACCCGGAGUCCAUGGCUCGGCGGUGGCCAUGGAUGGUCAGUGUGCAGGCCAAUGGCACACAUAUCUGCGCAGGGACCCUCAUUGCCUCCCAGUGGGUGCUGACCGUGGCCCACUGCCUGAUCCAGCAUGAUUUUACCUAUUCAGUGCGGGUGGGGAGUCCAAGGAUUGAUGAGGUGUCUCAGACAACAUCUGACAUCCCGGUAUACCAGGUCAUCUUAAACAAAGAGUACCGGUCCCGUCAGUACUGGUCCUGGGUGGGCCGGGCCAACGACAUUGCCCUCCUCAAGCUCGCAUGGGCAGUCACGUACAACAAGUACGUCUGGCCCAUCUGCCUCCCUGGCUUGGAUUUUGAGGUGAAGGACGGCUCCCUCUGCACUGUGACAGGCUGGGGACUCCCCAGGGUUAACGGCAUAUGGCCCCAGUUCCAGACCAUUCAGGAGAAGGAGGUCACCAUCCUGAACAGCAAGGCGUGUGACAAGGUAUACCACAAGAUCUCCAAAGUCCCCAAAAUGGUUCGGAUCGUGGACUCUAAGAUGGUCUGCGCAGAGGACUUUGACAGGGAGCAGUUUUGCUACGAGAUAAGUGGUGAGCCCUUGACCUGUUCUGUGGACACCAUGUGGUACCUGGUGGGCCUGGUGAGCUGGGGCCCUGGCUGCUCGAAGAGUGAGGCCCCGCCCAUCUACCUGCAGGUCACCUCCUACCAGCGCUGGAUCUGGGAACGUGUCAGUGGGCAGGACCUUCCCGCCCCAUCCAGGGCCCUGCUCCUGGUGCUAUCACUGCCCCUUGGCCUGCUCUCGGCCCUCUGA